AUGCAGUCUCAUGACUUAGUCUUUACUCCACUACCUAUUAAAGGAAACAAGACGUACAUAGACAGCUUCCAUUCAGACACCCAGAAGGACACAGAAAGGCAAGACAAUUUAACAGAGCUAACUGUAUGAUUAUCUGGUGGAGACUGUUCCCAGCUCACCUUCAUGUUGCCCAUUUUCUUCUCUGUGUUCAUCCUGUCUGCUUGCUGCUUAACCAAAGGAAACUGCAUCUCCUAUGAUGAGUUGAAAGAGCUGAAGACUGAAUUUGCCAUCAAUCUCUACCGGCAUGUAUCUGAAGCAGAGAACAGAACCAAUCUGGUAGUCUCUCCAGCAAGCGUGGCUGUUUCUUUGGAGCUGCUGCAGUUUGGAGCUCAAGGAAAUACCUUUACAGAGUUGCAGGAUGCUCUAGGAUACAAUAUUCAUGAUCAAAGUGUUCAGGAUUUCUUGCACACAGUGUAUGAAAGAGCAACUGACUCCAGCCAAGGUACAGUGGUUCAGCUCUCAUGUUCCUUCUUCAUGGAUGCCAGUGUGCAGCUCUCACCCAUCUUUGCUGCACAUGCUGUGCAUUGGGCAAACAGCAGCCUGCAGCAAACCAACUUCACUGACCCCAACAGAACCACAACCCAAAUACAGGAAUGGAUCACCAGUAACCUUGGAGAUGGAGAUGUGCAUGGCAUCUUGUUGGAGAGAGCUGGAUCACUGCUCAGCCAGGUUGCCCUGGUGAGCACCAUGUACUUCAAAAGCACAUGGCAAGAGAAGUUUUCUUUUAUGGAUACCCAGAUGUUGCCUUUUACCACGGUGGAGGGCUCAACCCUGAAAGUGCCAACAAUGCAUCACACAGCCGAAGUUAACUAUGGCCAGUUCCAGACUGCAGCUCUGGAGGGUUUCAGCGUGGUUGAGUUACCCUACCUGGGAGAGAAACUCAGCAUGUUUCUAGUGCUUCCCAGCCACAAAAGAACAUCUUUGUCCCAGAUUGAGUCGCACCUUUCUGCCAAAACCAUAACCUUUUGGGCCAACAGCUUAAAGAGAACAAAGAUGGACAUUUUUCUACCCAGGUUCAGUAUUCAAAGCCUUUUUGACCUAAAGACAGUUUUUUCUGCCUUGGGAAUUAGAGACGCAUUUGAUCCCAUCACUGCUAAUUUUAAAGGCAUUUCAGAGCAAGAUAAUCUUUAUAUUUCAGAUGCUCUCCACAAAGCAGAGAUUGAAAUAACAGAGGAUGGUACAAAGGCAUCAGGAGCUACAGCAAUGGUAUUACUAAAAAGAUCCCGAACACCUAUUUUUAAAGCAGACAGACCUUUCACAUUUUUCCUGAGACAAGCUAAUACAGGUACGCAUGCUUUGUGUUUCAGUAGCAGAAUCUUUCACAAGUAG